GGGCGUUAUCAUACUGCAAUUGAAUUGAGGAGAAGACAUGACGACGAGGAGCAGUACAGCGAAGAAAAUGGCGAACAGCGAACGGGUAGAUGACAAUGAUGAUUUCGUUGAUAAGAUUCCAAUAAUAAAGACCAUGAAUUUAGUGAAGACAACCUCAGGGCGAGUGUAUAAAAGGUUGUGUGAUGAAGAGGUUUUGGUCGGGAAAGCAGGGCUUAAGGUGACUUGCUUUUGUAAUGUGUGGGUGGGUGCAAAAAGUAUUCCAGAUGCGGUGAGUGCUUCAGAGAUGGCUGAAUUGAAGGAAUCUGCAUUUGGAAUUUUCUUCAAGCUUGGGGGAAUAAAAUGGGUGAAUGGUCAGCUGUUGAUUUUAUUAGCAUUAAAUCAUGUGGAACCCAUUAAGAGGAGUGGAGAUGUAGAUAGAAUUAAGUUUCACAUUGGAGACAGAAUAGUGGAGUUUAAGAAAUCUGAUUUUGCGUUGAUUACGGGGUUGAAGUUUGGAAAGGAGGCUGAGUAUGGGGAUACUGACCUGGAAAAGGCAAACGACAUCAGUACAAGGUAUUUCAAUGGGAAAAUGAGCGUGACCCGUAUACAAGUGGAGAAUGUGUUCAACAGUAACAAGAACAGCAGAGGUAGAGAACGGUUGGAUGCUGUUAAAUUGGCUUUACUGAACUUCCUUGUGAACCAUGUGGUGGGUAACCAGGGUUUGACAAAAAUCCCAGCGCUGUACAUGCAUCUUGUUGACGACCUGCGACGUUUCAAUGGAUUUCAGUGGGUAACCAGGGAAAGUGUUCAAUGGACAGAGAUGGCUGCUACGAUAGCAGAGAAAGGGAAAGAAAAGAUUGCAAUGUUAUUCUCUGAGGGAGAUGCAAGUAAGGCUAAGAUUAACGAUGGUGGAGGAGAGCACGUUGAUGAAGGGUAUGGGGCUGGUCGUAGAAAACUUAAAGGAAAGUUACAUUGGGGAAAUGUGGACUCUACAAACGAGGAGGAGAUAAAUGGGCAGCCGAAGGAGAAGGGAAAGGUUGUGAUCCGCAAGAAGACAAAAGGGCAGAAGACGGAUAAGAAAUCAGACGGGUCACGCGGAGGUGCUUCAAGAAGUGCACCACACGGGAGGCAAAGUGAUUUGGGAGAAGGUCGGGAGAAUGAACUGUCAUUGCGAGAUAUAAUGACGGCAAUAGUGGUUAUGGAAAAGAGAAACAUGAAGAUGCGCACAGAAGUUACGAAGCUGCGGAUAGCUUUAAAUGCCCAGAGCCGUGUCCUUAAUAGGUUUAUAUCAAUGAACAGGAUGGAGAAGAAAGAUGCCACCGAACCUGAUGUUGAUGAUCACGUUUGGGACGAGGGUAUUAAUGUUGAUGCUGAGAUAGGGACCCAACCGGGUGAGUUUCGUAAUGAUCUUUCUGAUCCGUUGAAUGAGAUAUGCACUCAAGAAGUAGAAGGCGGGUGGGUGAAGGCCGUAGAUACCUUGGGCCUAGGGAAACGUCUUGAGAGGAAUGUAGAGAAUGAGGAGUGCGGAAAAGGGCCGACGCACAUGGUGGAAGACGACAUGCUCUUGGGUGAUGUGGGCACAGGCAUAGGUGUUGAGGAUGUGCUGCGUACUAGCGUGGACGAAACCAAAGCAGCAUCUCCAGUAAAUGGAGACAUGUCAGCUAUGAAUAUGAGUGGUCAGGGAAAUGCUGUGCAGGAUUUACCACCAGGAUGGAUUUUUUUCACACAACCCAGGGAGAGCUCGGUUCAGAUUGAAAAGAAUUCAACUGAGAGGAAUGUAGACAGGAAUUCAACAGAGGGGGUUUUAAAUGAUUCAACUAAUGAGGGACAGGUAUUGAGGACGGGAAACGACAUUGAUCUGCUAAGGGCCGUGUAUGAAGAGGUUCAGGAUCCUGAGGAUGAUGCUGAGGUGGUUGUUGAAGAACCAUCAACACAGAUUGUGGUGUAUGAAGCACCGAUUGCAAGUGAGACACCACCGGAAUGGAGGGCAAAGCAAAAGAGGCCCUUGAAGUGUCCAGACAGGUUCACUCUAGAUGAUUUAGCAGUUCGGCGUAAAACAAAAAGGGUUAGAAUAGAGGGUGCGCGUAUAACCCAUUUUGGGGGAGAUGAAGAUGAAUUCAUGGGUCCAUUCCCGUUAGACCCGAAGGCGCUGCCUGCUGAGGAGGCGUUAAUGAAGAACCUAGAUGUCAUAUUCUACUACCUUAGAAUGAAAGGAGUAGAGUUUGGGAUGGAGCAGCGUUACACAACGACAGACACCCCAUUUCUUGCAUUGAUGAAGACAUUAUGUGCGAGGUCAAGUUGUGGGAUGUUCAUGGUGAAGAUGGCUGAGUUUCUGAUGAUGGGGUGCGAUGUGGGGGAUAUGGAUGAUCAUGAAAUUGCUGCCUACAGGAAGAAGAUGACUGUGGAGUUGUUAGCAUACUCUGCCGUGUAAUGUUAAUGAAUUUGUGGUGCUUGA